AUGCGACAUACGGCGGGCUCUAAUGCUGCAUCCUACUCGGGUCGCCGCGAUAACCAGAGCUCUUUAGUGCCUGUGUCCCACAAAAAACAGACCUAUAUCGAGAUCAAUGAUUUCUCAAGACCUGACACACCUGUUCCCGAUGGAAAUUCGUGUGCUCCGUCUGAGAAGCACCACUCGCGGCUCUACUUUCCGAAUACACUAUGGACGCGCACCUUUUUGAUAACAGUGAUCCUCGAGACGAUUGUUACUGUCGCGAUUGAAACUUGGAUCUUCAUCAGCAUAUCCGAUCGCAUUCUGGAGCAUGGAAAAAUGGACGGAUCAUCACGUCUCCAAUCAUUCCUCGGUCUCUACAUGUUCGCUCUACUGUAUGAACUAGUACUAUCUUAUGAUGCAUUGCGACGUCAAAACACAUUCCAAUUGCUGGGGCUUUGCAUUUGCAAUCUUGGACUCCUAACAUAUGGGAUCCUCCAAGUAUCAGAAGUGAUGCAUUUUGUUAAAAACCUAGCAAAUGAUGGCGCCUUAAGUACCAGUGUUUUAUCAAUAUAUCGGCUCCAGCUCAUGUUGAUUCCAAUCAUCUUGGGUGUAGCUACAAUCUUCAUGACAUUUGUGGCCUGGAAGCUAUUUGCAGAGUUUUCCUGGCUGAUUUACAAGAAUGUCAGCGCUGACUUGAAAAUGAAUCGGCGGUACCAUAUUUAUCAGAUCUUUAUCGCUCUAUUGAAGUUUGACUUCUUUUUCAUAUUUGGAAGUCAAUUACAAUUUCUCCUCGCAUUGAACCAAAUAGGCGAAGAAUUUAUAAUUAACGCAGCUCUGGUCCCUAUUGCAAUGGUAGGGCUGUGUUUGGCUGCGCGCUUCUGUCAAAGGGAGAAAGCCAAACUCAUGACUAUCCCUGUGAUUUGCCUGUGCGGGAUCGUUGCCGGCAUAGCUAAAACUUUGGAGAAGAUGUAUAGUUCGUCGGAAGAUAGUGAUGGCUUGAGUUUCUAUCGAGUAUCUUUGUCUUUCUUUGCUUCUAUAGCGAUCCUGUUGAUUGCAUGCACGCUCGUCAACUUGCUUCUUUGUGUUUUUAAUUUCGACAAGGGGCUGAAGGACCAUAUUCAUCAGUUUAGGGGGAAACAGCUAGCCGUGGAAUCGGAAAAUACGGGGGCUCAGGGAUCGAAGUCGCGAUUUGAAUUGAAUUAA